AUGCCCCAACCGCAUUACGACCUCCUUGUCAAGCUUCUCCUGAUCGGUGACUCUGGUGUGGGCAAGUCGUGCUUGCUUCUCCGCUUCUGCGACGACUCGUGGACGCCGUCGUUCAUUACUACGAUUGGUAUCGACUUCAAGAUCCGCACAAUCGAAGUGGACGGAAAACGCAUCAAGCUACAAAUCUGGGACACGGCCGGGCAGGAGCGCUUCCGCACGAUCACCACAGCCUACUACCGUGGAUCGAUGGGUAUUCUCAUUGUCUUCGACCUGACAGACGAGAAGAGCUUCCAAAACGUCCGAAAUUGGUACAAGGAUGUUCAGCAGCACGCCAACGACGGCGCAUGCAAGAUCCUGGUCGGCAACAAAUGCGACUGGGAAGAAAAACGUGUCAUCACUGAAGAGCAGGGCAAGGCACUUGCAGAAGAACUGGGCAUGCAGUACAUCGAGACAUCCGCCAAGUCGAACACUAAUGUCGACGAGGCCUUCUUUAAGCUGGCACAACAAGUCAAGGACCAUCUCGUUGACCAGGGCAUCACAUCCAAUGUGCCUGGCUCGAAUGGCACGCAACGACUUAACAGCACGUCUAACACUCAAUCCAAGGGCGGAUGCUGCUAG